CAAGUACAGAACGAAAACGGUAUUAUAGGUGUUUCACUGUUCGUCUGUCCGCUGUACAGUGUACGUUAUAAGGAAAACUUGGUGUACAUUAAAUUUUUACAACAAUGGGUAGGUCGGUAGUACGAAACAAAGUGCGUUUGUUACAAAAACUGGAAAUUGCGUCGUGGCAUUUUGCGGAAAAAUGGGCGAAGGAAAGCGAGGGAUUAUUAAGGUUGCUAGAUCCCGGGCUCGAUACGGUCUGGAAUUUAUUUCGGAAUGAGCUAACUGGGGAAUUUGAAGAGCAGCUCUGUUUGUGAAUAGAGAUUUGGUAAAAUUGGGAGCCAAUAUUGCUGAUGCAGCAUUCGUCGGAAAAUAGCCGUCUUCUGAGGCGUUGAUGUCGCGAUUUGGUGAACAGAGAAUAUAAGGCAGCUGCUGUUGAGGAUUUGCUUAACCAGCUCUGUGUAUUUGCCAACAUAUACCUAUUUACAAAAUGGAGAAAAUAGCGAUGGUUUUUAUAUCCUUUUUGUAGGUACCCACCUAGAUAGGUGAUACUUUUGAAAACCUGGGGGACACUAUUUAUGGUACUUUUGGCUUCACAACGGAUUAAUUACCUUUGUUACUUAUAUUUGUUUUAUUAGGAAAUUACAAUACUUGGAUCUCGUCGAUAUAUUCUUGAACCAGGAAGUAUAGAGUAAAGAGAUAAAAAGUCCGAGUCUAUCUACAUACCUAGGUAUCUACUGAAAAAUAAUUAAAAAACCAUCAGAUUAUUGUGACCGCGAAUAGCCAAAAAAUAAUUGAGAUUAGACACACUAUUACAAAUGCCUUCGUGACGAAUGGUACGUACUGCGAACGAUGAUACCUAGCACCUACCACGUGACUGCUAGGUGUGUUGAUAAGAAAAAUAAGCCUAAUACCAGAGAACAACGCUCCACAAACAUCUGUAGCCGUAUGACUAUGACUGCCAAUCUUCUAUUAGUAAAUUCCUAUACCUUUUUGAUAGUCGUUCUCCAACCGUAGGAAGCUAGAGCUAGCCUAGCCUACGUGACCAGUCGAAUAUGUUCUUCCGUUCACGUUCAGCGGUUCAGCAUUUAUUAGCUGCAAGCGCUUUUGCUAGGUCAAAUCGAUAUGUCGCUUUUGGGCAUUUAGCGACACCUGGUAGUAUAAUUUUUACUUAGACAUUUAUCCAUUACAGAACACGAACGUGGGCUACAUUUGUUCGGCCUUUAACCUACAGAGAGAGAGAGAGAUAGGCGCGGAUUAAAGAUCAAGUCUUGGAGGGGGCGAGUAGUGCGGGUUGCCUAGUGUCAGGGGUCUUGUCAAGUUUGCACUUAUGCACUUAAAGAGUAAAUAAUUAAACUCAUAAACAGUGUAAGAACAGAAUGCACAUUUAUUUUAAGUUUUCAAACCAAAAACAUCUAUCCUUCUUUACCUUUUACUAAUUUUUUUCCUUGUAAGUCUGAGGCCUUGGGGGGCAAUUGCGCCUGGAGCCUGGAGGGAGGGAGCGAGAGUAUAUUUACCAGUGGCGUAUUCUGGAUGAGUUCAUGAAACGGCGACGCGGAAGGUAUUUACAUCUUGCUAGUUUUGUAUCAACGACAACCCGUCGAAGAACGGCGCCCGUAUUAUUUAACUUAAAAGGUGACAUAUCGAUUUUUUAUAACAAUAUGUAGUUUUUUUGAUACUAGGUAUUACUAUAUGUCACCUUCGAACACAAGCUGACAUUCGUUUCAAGCUCACUUGUAGUAAGCGACGAUUUUUUUGACAUUAUAUAAGUUUUUACGUAACAAUCCUGCCGUUUUGGACGGAUCCUGCGUUUGCAGAUUUAGAAAAAAGUGUUCCAACACUGUUUCUUAGCAUACCAGGAUCAUUCUAUGUUUCACUUUAACCAGUUUUGGGAUCAUUCUGUAAAUGUUUUGUUAAUGAGAAUUUGGCGCAUGGUAAAGCUAUGGCGACGUCGCUUGCAUUCGUACCCAACAUAACCUAUUAUUGAAAUAUCGAUUAUCGUGUUCGUUGCCACUAUAUCUCGACUAUCAAAACGGAAGAGAGAAGUAGUGAAAUCUGUCCCAUGUAAAAUGAGGCAAAUAUUCCGCAUUCAUCAUUUUUCAGACCAAAAGAGAAUUGGCAAUUUGAAAUCAAAAUUGUUCCUAAACGCAAAUUUUCAUCUAUAUUCGUUUAUUUAUCAUGAAGACUAGAAACAGGAAGACACAUAUUUGUAUGAUAAGGAGGGCGUGGCUCUCGGAAAUAUAGUGCGCGUAAAGCUUCACAUACACACACACAUAUAAACACAAAAAUAACGAUAUCAGCAGCGGGAUGCAGACAUGAAAGAUAUGCCGCAUGUGCAGAACGUGAAAUACAUUUCUGACCUAAUGGCGACAGUAGUUAGCAUGCUUUUAGCUUCAUCCUCGCUCAAUGGUUUCACCCUCGCGUUUACAGUUUUCAUAAUUUUUAAGUAGCAUCUGUCAAGCACAAAUAUUUCAGGCUGAUCUCCGCUAGGUGGCGCUGUUAUCGCGCUCCCAGCGAAAGGUUUCUCAUGGUUGGUUGGACCAACGAAUUCAGACUAGGUCAGUCAAGGAUUUCUUUGUCUUCUAAUUAUCAUACUUUGUAGUGAGGAUCAAAGUGUUCUUGACAUAAGUCACCUUUUUGACAGUUCUGUAUAUUCAGUGUUAUUUUUUAAAAAUGCGAGUGUUAGACGAUUCCAACACAUGGUACUUCUUACAUAAUUUGCAAAGAGCGGCAUGAGCCUAAUAAAGGUAGUUAUUUUCACCGGUAUGGCUAGCUAAAUUACUAGCUGAACCCGCCGAAGGCAUAGACAAGAAAAGAUGCCGAAAUAUCUAUUUGGCUCAUCUGCUGAUCAAUAUGCAGAAUGGGGUCUUGGAAAAACCAUUUUCUGAACCGCCGCAUGAUGCUGAUAUCCGAAAUGCAACCCAAAUUUUUGGACCGAUACCGGAAAGCAUCGAGCCUCCAGCUUGGUUGAAUGACACAGCGUACGAUCCAAACAAGUCCGAAUAUCGUGAGAAAAAAGAUGGAAGAACAUACGUCGCCACCAGAACAUUGCCGGAUGGUCAAGGUGCUGUAGCUUAUGUUGGAGUUUCUUUAUGUGAUCAAGAGCCAAUGUGGCUUGGUGGUGGAGAAAGCUCGUUUGAUAAGAGGAUGCAGCGAAAAUUCGACGAUAUGUGCCCGCCGCUCUAUGAAAUAGAAAAAAUCUUGGCCAGAAGAAAAGAUCCGAAGGAACGAGAAAAAGUUUUAGCUUUCUACGAUGUCUUGAUGCAGAAUAUCGCCGAUGAACUGGAUGGCAAGGAAACUGCAGAGAAUGAAACUAUAGAAGGUUUGUUGGUACAGCUGGUUCACGACCUUAUGGACAAAAACCAGUAUGCUCAAUAUGAAGAACUACCGGAGAAUGAAAGAAGGAAUGAGCUUUUACUAUUGCUCUUUGAUAGAGUGAAAAUUAGGAGGGACAAAGUUCAAAGAAGAGAAGAAAUAUUGGACAACCUGGAAGAAAAACUGAUGCCCAAAUCCUUCUUCGAUGUAUCUGAUAUUCUUCCUGAAGAUAAAUACAAGAUGCCAGCUGCCAUGUGGGCGCAAGCUAUCGACAAGAUUCCAUCUAAGAAUCACAUGGAAAACUUGCAGAAGGCGUAUCCUCUCCUCAUUAUCAUGAAGUUUUUGGAGUGCCUGUCCAAUUACAAAGAAAAUAUUGCGAUGCGUAUGCAGAGAAGGCAUGAAAACAUCGUCACUCAAAUGAAGAAAGAAUUGAGAAAGGAAGGUGAAAAGAAAAAGAAAUUGAUGGAGGAAGCUGAAAUGGCUUGCGACAAUGCUACCGGCGUUUUGGAGGCAGUGAAAGAACAUUACAAUAAGAAACUACAGUUGGAGAAGAAAGAAAAGCAAAAGGACAAGACCGAAGUAUCAGAACAUUCUAAAAUGUAUGACCAGAUGAAGACAGCUGUAUUCGAUACCCAGAGAUUAGUUGAGGAAGAGGCACUUCGUGGCAAAUUCCUCGCUGCUCAAAUCAACGCGUUGACGGAGCAGAACGAGCAGUUCAUGCAGGUAAAUGACGAGGUCAUCAAGAAGACCGAAGAGGGCAACAUGAAAAUAAUGAGGAACAUCAAGAAGCUGAAUGCUGCCAUCAAGCAGUAUGAAAACCUGAUCAACGAGCUGAAAGCGAAUACCGGUUCCAAAAACACCACGCCCAUGUUUGUUUUCUAAGAUUUGCACUACAAGUGUUGCAAAAUAACUGUCAUUUUUAAGAUUCGAAUAUCUAAUUAUAAUAAACAGCAUGCAAUAGGUGUUGGAGAAUUCCUGAUUUCCACUUAAUAAUUAUUUACCGGGUGUUUCAAAUUUGACUCCCACCAUUGAGAUUUCGGAAACGGUCGAUACGAGGGUCGAUUAAACGGGGGAAAAGUUGCGCAUUCAAGUGACAAGGGUAUCAUACUACUUUAUUUGAAAUGCGAUUUGAAAAUAAGGAGUACAUCAGCAUUGCCACUUUUCAUUUUUUCUUAUAGACGUCAUAUUGGAUCUUUGCACAAGGUGAAUUGGGUUUUUAAUUCUGCUUGCCAAACCAACUAAAAAAGCAUUCCUUCAGUUCUUACACACUUAAUAUCCGUCAUAUCUAAACCGAUGCACACAUCUUGCCUACAAAUACAUUUAUCUACGGAUGAGGUGUCAUGUAGAGUGCCUCCAUCGUGUUAAACAAACCCUUGUUAUAGUCCACACAUGUGAAAAUUAUCUGAUAUCGUCAGUCGUUCUUAUAAUAAUUGUAAGAACGACUGACGAUCCAAUUAUUGUAGGUCGCGUUUAUGGCCUACUUGAUUUUCAUGGUCUUUUCUACACUUCAGAAAGGCUGGGAUAUUUCUAGAGUUCUACUGUUCCGUGUCAGCGUCAACGCUCUCCUAUUGUGAGGUCUAUGCUUUCUUUUUGAAUCGAAUGAAAUUUCAGGCUAUAUAACAGAUGAUAUAAAUCAAAAGCUUCAACAAUUUGAUGUAAAUUGAUAUUUGUAACAUAACCUUAAAAUAGAGCGCUAACACGGAACAGUAAAAAACUAUGAAAAUCAAGGAGGUCAUAAAGGCGUCCUACAAUUGUAGGAACGACUGACGAUACGGCCCUUAAUCGGCUAAACAUGUGAUAUACUGUAUAUUUUAAUUUCUACGUACCUUAUACUAGACAUACUUCAUACAUCAUAGAUUUCGCCCUACAUUUGCCAUUGAAACGAAUAAGAGGUACAUUUUUGAUAUGUACAUGCCAGACAACUUAACGAGCAUACGCCUCUGUCUCGAAUGCUGAAGGAUAAAUGAGCGAUGAUGCGUGUAUCCUUGUAUGCGUGCUGGGGUUUCAAGCGCCGCGGCAGGCAGAGUUGGUCGUCGGUAGGUCGGUAGGCUAGAUCGGAAUAUUGUCCGAGAUAAUCCAUUUAAUUCCCUUGUUAUACAGGGUGUUCCAUAAUUAUUGCGACAAAAUGAUAGGGGUUGUAGAGGGCAUAAAAAUAUGCAAUUUUGCCUUAUAAACCCCUGUUCGUAAAUAUGCCGUUUGAGCACUACCG